AUGGACCCAUACUCCGCCGAAGGAGAGCUCGUCAACCUCCACAACGCCUUCCACGCCGGCCAAUACACCGCCUGCACCACCUUCGACACGUCCGCCUUCUCCGCCUCCAACGCCCUGCCCGCGCGCAUCCUGCAGCUGCGCGCGCAGCUCGCCCUCGGCGAAUACGACGCCGUGCUCUCCUCCGUCAAGAGCGAGCAAAACGUGCCCGACCUCGCCGCCGUCGCGGCGCUAGCGGCUUACGAGAAGGGCGGGAAGGAGGCCGAGGCGGUGGAGCGCGUGCGGAAGCUGGCGAGCGCGCAGGGGGACAAUCUGAGCGUGCAGCUGCUGGGCGGGACGGUGCUGGCGCGGGCGGGGGAGUUUGAGGAAGCGUUGGCGCUGCUGGCGCGGCAUCAGGGGAGUUUGGAUGCGGUUGCGCUGAUCGUGCAGAUACAUCUGCUGCAGAACCGGACGGAUCUUGCGGCGAAGGAGGCGCAGAGGGCGCGGAAGUGGGCGCAGGAUAGUUUGCUGGUCAAUCUGGCGGAGUCGUGGGUUGGGUUACGGGAGGGGGGCGAAAAAUACCAACAGGCGUUCUAUGUCUUCGAAGAGCUCGCCCAAGCUCCCGCGACUCAAGCCGUGCACUCUCUCCUUGGUCAAGCCGUCUCUGAACUCCAUCUCGGUCGCCUACCAGAAGCCGAAGCCGCACUCCAACAAGCCGAAGCCAUUGACGGUGACAACGCAGACGUGUUAGCCAACUUGAUCGUGCUGAAUACGAUUCUGGGGCAGGACACUAAGGAGCUGAAAGGGAAGCUGGCGAGGGUGUCACCGGAACAUCAGUUUCUGGAGGAUCUAAAGGCGAAAAGCGAAGCGUUCGAGGCGGCGAAGACGAAGUACACGCCGAAGUUUGAGGUUUGA